GCAAUUAUGUAUCAAAGACUAUACUAUAUAAUAUGGUUAAGUGAUAGAAAAAGAAAAAAAAGAAGGUCCAAAUCGUUUUUGACUUUUUCAACAGAAACUUCUCUUCUUGUCUUCGUUAAAUAUUCAAAUUCUUUGUUCCACUCUUUGUGUAAACUUCUUUCUUUAAUUUUACCUCUCUCUCUCUCUGUCUGUCUCUUCGUUGGAAACUCGGAAGCUUCGAAUUAAUAUGGCGAUGACUUGUACAGAUGAUGAUGAAACAGCCCUUUUGAUCUCUCAUCAUCUCAAUCAAGAAGAUGACUACGAAGAAGAAGAAGAAGAAGCUUUGUCUCUAUGUGAUUUGCCUCUGAAUUCACCGAACGAGAACAACAGCGAGUUACGAUCUAUUACCAAAGAAGAAGACGAAGAAUUCGAAUUCGGAAUCGGGUCAUCGUUUCGAGCCGGGUCGGAUUCUUGUGAACCGGCUCCGGAGAUGAGCACAGCCGACGAAUUAUUCUUCAAAGGACGGAUCCUUCCGUUUCCGUUACGUCACUCCGUCAGUCUAGACGCCGGGCUCGAACCAAACCGGUUAAUCACGAGAUCCGAAUCGGUUGAAUAUAGACGAACCGGAAUUAUUCAAUCAGACCGGAAAAUCAAAAACAACAACAAUUUCAUCGAUUACAGUCAACCGAGUCCGCAGCCACAGAUUCGAAGAUCGUCGAGCAUGACGGCUCGUGUGAACUCUAUCAGAAACCCUAAAUCAUCUUCGAUUUGGGAUUUUUUAAGGUUAGGACUCGUCCGUACGCCGGAGAUCGAGCUCCGAACAAACGGGAAAGUGUCAGUGAGUCGGAAUAGUAGCUGUAGUAGUACGAGCACGAACUCGAAUUCGAAGAAAACAGGAGAGACGACGACGACGACGACGAGAUCUAGGAGUCGGAGGAGAAGCUUUUUGUUUUCCGAUUGUAAAUGUUCGACGACUGCGACGGAGACGAUGACGGUGGUGCCUGUGAAAAUCAAAGCUGAUGAGAAGAAGACGGCGAAGAAAGAGGAGAAAACGGCGAUGGCGAGGAAGAGAACGUUUGAUUGGUUAAAAGAAUUGUCACAGGUUGGUUUCGUCGUCGAUCAUGGAAGACGAAGCUUAGUCUGAAUUUGUGAAUUCUUUCAAAAAAGUAUUUUUAAAUAUUGUUUUUUUUUUUUAAUAAUUUUUUUUUUGUUUGUGUUAUAAUCAUUACG